GCAGACUGGGCGUCGGUAGCGGUGGGGGGGCGGCCGGUUACUAACCACUGCACCGAGCUGGAGCUCUGGCAACAACCACAACGGAGGAUUGGAGCGUAGCAAUACUGCCAGCGAAAUAACAACAGAGAAAGAUAGCUGUCUGAAUACAGGUGUAGAGGAUGGCAGUGAAUGUGCACGCUACGUCUGUGUCCUGUGAUACCCUGAGCCGACAUGACAUGCUGGCCUGGCUCAACGACUCCCUGCACCUCACCUACACCAAGAUAGAACAGCUCUGCUCGGGGGCAGCAUACUGUCAGUUCAUGGACAUGCUGUUUCCAGGCUGUGUCCUUCUAAAGAAGGUCAAGUUCCAGGCCAAGCUGGAACAUGAGUUCAUACACAACUUCAAGGUUCUCCAGGCUGCCUUCAAGAGGAUGGGUGUUGACAAAAUAAUUCCUGUGGAGAAGCUGGUAAAAGGAAAGUUCCAGGAUAACUUUGAGUUUGUGCAGUGGUUCAAGAAAUUCUUUGACGCCAACUAUGAUGGGAAGGAGUACGACCCGCUACAGGCCAGACAGGGACAAGAUGUAAACCCCGCCCCCAAUCCAGGCCCCCAGAGGCACUCGCCCACGGUGCCCAAGAUCCUACCCACGCCCCAGAGGGUGCUGAACACCACUGUGCAUGUGAGGAAGGCCCCGGCCCUGGCGCGGAACGGGGGCACCGACGCGGAACUCUUGGAGCUAAACCAACAGUUGAUGGAGCUGAAGUUAACAGUGGACGGACUAGAGAAGGAGAGAGAUUUCUACUUCAGUAAGCUGAGAGACAUUGAGCUGAUCUGUCAGGAACACGAGAGUGACACCAACCCUCACCUCUCCAGGAUCAUGGACAUUCUCUACGCCACAGAGGACGGCUUUGCUGCUCCAGAUGAUGACGAGAUUGAUGGACAGGCCCACUUGGACCAGGAUGAAUACUGAGUCUCUAAUACCAUCUGUCUAUCCACAUCCCCCUCUCCCUCCUCUAAACCCUUCUCUCCAUCCACAUCCCCCUCUCCCUCCUCUAAUACCUUCUCUCCAUCCACAUCCCCCUCUCCCUCCUCUAAACCCUUCUCUCCAUCCACAUCCCCCUCUCCCUCCUCUAAUACCUUCUCUCCAUCCACAUCCCCCUCUCCCUCCUCUAAAC